AUGCUAGCAACUACAAUGCUGCUCUGCCUGUACGACAUUCAUUCCGGCAUAGACGCCACGGCAUCAUGGCGAAUCCAUUUCCAGGGCGCCCAGGCAAUAAUGGCCGCGCUCGGAUAUUCCACUGCUAUUCUAGAAUCCGAAAACCAAGACUCUUCAUGGCGUCUCCUCGCCCAGAUGUACACUUCAAUCGAGCUGAUUGCCUCCCUGACCGUAAAAGGCCUCUCCGAGGGGCAGCGCAGCCAACUCGCCCUGCACAGAAAUUUUAUUGACGAGUAUUUCGGCAUCUCCACCGAGCUUCUAGGGACUCUCUACGCAGUUGGAGCCGCCUCAGUAGAGCGCCGGCGGAUCGACCGAGAUGCCGGGCUUUUAACGACGCUGUCAUAUGAUGACCUCCUGCAAGAGGCCGACUCGCUCGAGCGGACAGUCCGCAACAUGAUGGCACGGGAUCAGAUGACACCGACACCUUUUCACCCACGCAUGGAGAACCAACUCUCUCCGGAAGAGAGACGUGAGUAUCUGCUAUGCAAUGAAGCAUACCAGCAUACGGCGUUAAUCAAUAUUCACCGUCGGAUUCGCGCAUUGCCUGGGUCAACUGGAAUCCAAACAUCCGUACAGAGGAUCCUGGAAAUCGCCGGCCAGAUGAAGCCGACCUCGGGGCUCUCUCCAUGGCUCCUAAUGGCCACCCCUCUGUUUACAGCAGGGUCUGAGGCGACAUAUUCGGACCGAGACCAGACAAGAAGUCUCCUCCUCAAACUUCACGAUACCAUUCGGAUCACCAAUUAUCAAAGCUCAAUGGAACUCCUCGAGAUUUACUGGAAGAAGUCUGACGGGGGUUACGUUCAGAAUAUGGCAUCUAUUCUAGGUUUGUGA